AUGGCGGCUAAAGAUUCCGCAUUCCCUCUCCGCCGAGGGUCGGAUGCCUCGGAAAAUGACUUCUUUGAUAUCCCUGACGAGUCAUGGAUGGCCAUGACCAAACGCCAACUACGACACAUCCGUACUUGGGUCAUUCUCUUCGCCCUCCUUGUUUACUUCCUGUGGCCGAAAUCGAUCCCGCUUCCUCCGCAGCCCAAUCCCCACAUUCAUUAUGACGAGGUCGACUGGACGCGCUAUGCUUACACGACGUACGCGACUAGCGAGACAGAUCUAUGCAAUUCCUUAAUGGUUUACGCGAACCUGCAGCGCUUCGAAUCCAAGGCGGAACGUCUGCUAUUCUACCCAGACGAGUGGGAUCUCAUUGUCGACGAUGAGAACGAUCGUAUCAGCGAACUUUUGAUCCUGGCCAAGGAUAGAUAUAACGUCCAGAUGUCGCCAAUCAAGGUUGAGUCAAUCAAGCGACCAUCAGAACGAUUCGCCGACGCAACCUGGGACACUAGUUCUGCCAAAUUCAACGCAUUCGGCGUCAUUCAAUACGACCGCGUCAUCCACCUCGACACCGAUAUUACCCUACUUAUGCACAUGGACGAGCUAUUCUUCCUCCCACCCACCGUCGUCGCCAUGCCCCGAGCCUACUGGACCCUUCCCAACUCCCACGCUCUCAGCUCCCAGAUCGUCGUCAUCGAGCCUUCAUACAAGGAAUUCCUCGGAUUACAAGAAACCACCCUGCGUUGGUGCUCCCCCCACAAGGAGUACGGCCUGCUCACGAGCGAGUUCCGCAGAAAGGAACAUCACAAGUUUCUGGGACCGGAGAAGGACUGGAUUCCUGACAAGGUCAUGGCGGAGAGCAAGUUUGUGCAGUUUUCCGACGACCCCUUGCCUAAACCUUGGGUUAUGUGGCCGCAGGGAAUGCUGGCUCAGAUUCAGCCUACAUGCGAUAAUAAGCCCGGCACAUCUGAGGAGAGUGGAUGUCGUGAUCGAGAAUUGUGGAAAGAACUUUAUGAUCAUUUCCGGCGGCAGCGAAAGGUUCGUAUCCCUGCUUUGUGUGUGUGCGUGCGUGCGUGUGUUAAUUGGUUCAUUCGAUGCUGA